UAUGUAACCAUGGUUGGAUUUCUCUCACCGAAUCAGAACUUAUUGCGUAUAUAAACUUCAGCUGCUUUCAACCACACAAGAGGGAGAAAUCAAAACGAACAAAAACACACAGAAGUCGCUGAAACGUUAAAUCAUUUAACUCAACUCAAAGCUUGAGCACAAGGAAAAUGGCAGCAGCGAUUUACUUGGACGAGGAUGAAGUCUGGAAAUGUCGAAAGCAUCCUUCUAAACGUCACCGUUCUGGAGUCUGUCCGACCUGUCUCCGUGACCGUCUCUCUUCUCUCUGUCCAGACUGUGCUAACGAACGUCCCUGUGCUUGCCGCGCCAUCACCGUGUCCUCCUCCUCCUCCUCUUCUUCAUCCUCGUUUUCUUGGUUUUCAGUAUCUGGUGGCGAAAAUUUUUCUGCCGCAAUCGGAACCGUCGGCCGUGUCGGCAAUUUGGUUGAGAGUGAACCGGCGUUUCGUAGAUCGAGAUCCAUGGCAGUUUCGUUUCUUCGGUCAAAGUCAAAGUACGUUGAAAAUUUGGAUUUGGUGGGAAACGAAGUUAAUAAAGAAAGUAGAAGUCAGACGACAACGGUGUCGUUUUGGCGGUGGUUGAAGGGAGGGAAUAAAAAUAGUAAAAGUCGGAGAGGUGGAGACGUGGAAGAAGAGAGAAGAGUGAUGAUGAAGAAAUCGAGAUCGGUGGCUAUUACCGCGACGUCGGAUUAUGGGAAGUCGAAAGGGCCAAAAUGGUACUUUCCAAGCCCGAUUAAAGCUCUAAGACGGUCAAGGCUGUCUAAAGUAGUGGAGCAAGAUCGCUCGCCUAUGUACAGAGGUUGAUUGUUAUAUUAUAUUAUUUUUAAUUUUGUAAAGAAAUUAACUAAAAAUAUUCUUUUAAUUAUUAUUAUAAUUAUUAUACUAAUGUUAGUGAUCUUGUACUUGCUAAUUUGCAAAGAAAUUGUAAAUUAUGUUGGAGCAUCGGUCAA